AACACACACGGCACACCGCAAAAUAAUCAACACAUCUCCCCAAAUCCCAUCCGAUUCAAAUAGGUUUGAUUCGCGGCUGCUGCUUGUGAUCGAACACGAAGAAGAUUUAAGAUGGCGAAUCGUGAAGGAGACCCUAAUUUAGGGUACUUAACCAGAAAAGACACCGAGGUCAAAGUCGCAAGAGCAACCAGGGUUAAAAACAAAACCCCUGCCGAACUCCAAAUAACCGCCGAACAGAUCCUCCGAGAAGCACGGGAACGUCAAGAGGCCGAAAUCCGACCUCCUAAACAGAAGAUUACUGAUUCGGCUGAACUCGCAGACUACCGGUUGCGUAAACGGAAGGAAUACGAGGAUUUGAUUAGGAGAGUGAGGUGGAACAAGAGUGUUUGGGUUAAAUAUGCCAAAUGGGAAGAAUCUCAGAACGAUUUUAAGCGUGCUAGGUCGGUUUGGGAACGAGCGUUGGACGUUGAUUACAGAGAUCAUACGAUGUGGCUCAAGUAUGCCGAAGUGGAGAUGAAGAAUAAGUUUAUCAAUCAUGCACGGAAUGUGUGGGAUCGGGCGGUUACUUUGUUGCCCAGAGUUGAUCAGUUGUGGUACAAGUACAUACACAUGGAGGAAAUGCUGGGCAACGUUGCAGGUGCCCGGCAAAUAUUUGAAAGGUGGAUGGGUUGGGAACCUGACCAGCAAGCGUGGCUCUCUUACAUCAAGUUCGAGUUACGAUACAAUGAGAUUGAGAGGGCUCGGGCCAUCUAUGAAAGAUUCGUGCAAUGCUUGCCGAAAGUUGGUGCAUGGAUUCGCUUUGCGAAGUUUGAAAUGAAAAACGGUGAGAUUGCUAGAGCAAGGAAUUGCUACGAAAGGGCGGUUGUUAAGCUAGCAGAUGAUGAAGAGGCCGAGACUUUAUUUGUUGCAUUUGCUGAAUUUGAAGAGAAGUGCAAAGAAACUGAGAGAGCAAGAUGUAUCUAUAAAUUUGCUUUAGACCAUAUACCUAAGGGGAGGGCUGAGGAUCUUUAUAGAAAGUUUGUGGCUUUUGAGAAGCAGUAUGGUGACAAAGAAGGCAUCGAGGAUGCCAUAGUUGGGAAACGAAGGUUUCAGUAUGAGGAGGAAGUUAGAAAGAAUCCUCUAAAUUAUGACUCGUGGUUUGACUAUAUUAGACUCGAGGAGAGUGUGGGGAACAAACAUAGGAUUCGUGAGGUUUAUGAGAGAGCAAUUGCUAAUGUUCCUCCAGCUGAAGAGAAGAGGUAUUGGCAAAGAUACAUAUAUUUAUGGAUCAAUUACGCGUUGUAUGAAGAGCUUGAGGCACAAGACUUUUCUCGAACCAGGGAUGUCUAUAGCGAGUGUUUAAAGCUGAUCCCACACAACAAAUUCUCUUUUGCUAAAAUCUGGUUGAUGGCUGCCCAGUUUGAAAUUAGGCAAUUAAAUCUUUCGGGUGCACGUGGAGUUCUUGGAAAUGCAAUUGGAAAGGCUCCUAAAGAUAAGAUUUUUAAGAAGUACAUUGAGAUUGAGUUGCAGCUGGGUAACAUAGAUCGGUGUCGGAAGCUUUAUGAAAAAUAUCUGGAAUGGGCUCCAGAAAAUUGCUAUGCUUGGAGCAAGUAUGCUGAGUUAGAGAGAUCCUUGAGCGAGACCGAGCGAGCCAGAGCGAUUUUUGAGCUUGCCAUUGCACAGCCUGCACUUGACAUGCCGGAGUUAUUAUGGAAGGCCUACAUAGAUUUUGAGAUAGCAGAAUCUGAAUUCGAAAGAACCAGGCAGUUAUAUGAGAGGCUUUUGGAUCGAACAAAACAUUUGAAGGUGUGGAUCAGCUAUGCAAAGUUUGAAGCAUCUGCCAUGGAAGAGACAGAACAGGAAGAUCUAGCUGAAGAUGUCCUCAAUGAGCAGAGGAAACUUUGCAUUGAGCGUGCCAGGAGAGUAUUUGAAAAUGCAAUAAACUAUUAUAGAACAUCUGCUCCCGAGCUGAAAGAGGAAAGAGCCAUGUUACUUGAGGAGUGGCUAAAUAUGGAAAGCAGCUUUGGUGAUUUGGGUGACAUAGAGCUGGUCCGUGUCAAACUUCCGAAGAAACUAAAAAAGAAAAGGCAAUUAGAGACGGAUGAUGGUCCUUCUGGGUACGAGGAAUAUAUAGAUUAUCUAUUCCCCGAAGAAACACAAGCGUCAAAUUUAAAAAUUUUAGAGCAAGCAUACAAAUGGAAGCAACUUAAGAAGCAAAAAGUUUCUUCCGAUGAUGAAGAUGAUGAUUAGUAUACGGGGUGUACCUCAACUGAGAUUUGUUCAAUGAAUUUCUAUGAAACUUAAUAGCCCUCAGUCCCUCACUCGCAACUAGCUCUUCCCUACCGCCACUUCUAUGACUUCCAGCGCCACGCUUCAGGUCUUCAGCAGCAUGACAAGAAGUUAACUAUACAUUGAAUUUGAAUCGGCUGUUGGAACAUUUAUGUUUUUUAAGGUGGUGGUGGAAUGUUCUCCCCGCCAAACACUCAGCAUGAUUGGGAGGUGUGCUUUCAGCUAUUUGAGGAUAAUCAGAGAAUAAGUAUUAAGCUAUGAUUAACCCAAAAUGUAAUGUUUUAGUUGCUAAGAUAUUCAAAACAUGAUAUUGUUUUUUGUAUAACUCUAAUCUUAAUUGCUUAAUGUUCUAUGUAAGAUAUGUAGUUGGAUAGAUU